AUGAAGAAGCACCUCACCAUCGUCAUCAAACUCGGCACCUCCUCAAUCGUCGACGAGCAAACCCACGAACCCCUCCUCUCCACCCUCUCCACCAUCGUCGAAACAGCCGUCAGCCUCCGCCACGAUGGCCAUCGUGUCGUCAUCUGCUCCUCCGGCGCCAUCGGCAUGGCCCUCCGCCAACUCAAUUUGCCCCGGCGCCCCAAACACCUCCCGCAAGUGCAGGCACUCGCGGCAGUCGGGCAGUGCAAACUGAUGAGCAUGUGGGACCAACUGUUCGGGCACAUGCGGCAGCCCGUGGCGCAGAUCUUGCUGGGCCGCAACGACAUUGCCGAUCGCACACAGUACCUCAAUGCGCAGAACACCUUCACCGAGCUGCUGCACAUGGGCGUCAUCCCGAUUGUGAACGAGAACGACACGCUGAGCGUGCAGGAGAUCAAGUUUGGGGACAACGAUACGCUGUCCGCCAUUACGGCGGGCAUGGUGCAGGCUGAUUACCUGUUCCUCAUGACGGAUGUGGAUUGCUUGUACGAUACGAAUCCGCGGCAGAAUGCGGACGCCAAAGCUAUUGAGGUCGUGGAGGAUAUUGGCGCUCUGGAGGCGGAUACGUCGAGCGCGGGCAGCUCGUUGGGCACCGGCGGGAUGGGCACCAAGAUUGUCGCGGCGCGACUUGCGACUGCCGCGGGCGUGACGACGGUGAUUACGAAGAGCAGCAAGCCGGGGAAUAUCUCGAGGAUCGUACAAUACGUGGAGGCGCAGAAAGUGGCGAGCGCGAGUGGUGGUAGCGGUGGAAGCGGAGACUCGACUCCGCCCUACGAGCGCAUGCCGAAAGACCAACCACAUCUGCAGAAGACGGCAGUAGUGAAUGGGACGUCGACGCCGCGGUUGGCUGAGCCUUCACUGCCGCCGCUGCAUACUCGCUUCCUGCCGAAUCCGCAUCCGAUCCGGGAUCGGUAUUUCUGGCUCCUGCACGGCCUAGCGCCGCAUGGGACAGUGUACAUCGACCAAGGCGCGCACAUGGCAUUGACGAAUAAAGCUGGCCUACUACCCGUAGGCAUCAUCGACGUCGAAGGCCAGUUCAGCCAGCAGGAGUGCGUCAAGCUUGUUGCUCUGCCGGCGAGAGAUUCGCCAUUCAGUGACGGGGAGGAAGUGGGGAGGGCGCUGGUGAAUUACUCCGCUGUUGAACUUAAGAGGAUCCGAGGCGUGAGGAGUAGUCAGAUUGCUGAGAUUAUCGGGUAUGCGGACAGUGAGUAUGUUGCGCUACGAGAGAGCGUGGCGCUGUUUAAGCGGGAGAUUAGUCGGCCUGUGACGCCUAUGGGCGACAAGAGAUUUAGUAUGGGAAGAUUGAGUAGUUACGUUGACGGAUAG